AUGCAACGAGAGAAAAAUUAUGUUUGCGUAGUUUACUAUUUUGUGAAGAAACCAACGUCACAUGCUGGAAAUAAUUCAAACACACCUACACGAUAUUUGAUUAGCUUGGCGUAUAAGUAUCAACGAAAUAUUCUCAUUAGUGUUUUUCGUUUAGUCAAAUCUCAUAGAGAAUCUACCUGGCUAGUAGUUAAUCUCCCUACACCUUCGUUUUUAUCAACUCGCACCAUGUUCCAAAAACAAGCCUUAGUUAUUGGUAAUAGUGCUUACGUACAUCAAGCCAGAAGUUCGUCUAUGCAUGAUGCAAGUGAUAUGUCUGAUUUAUUACGUUCUAUUGGAUUUUUGACGCAUUCUGCUGUCAAUCUCAACACCAUCGAUUUGUUAGAACGAACGAACAGAUUCUUACUAUCCAUCCAACCGAAUUCGAUUGUACUAUUGUAUUUCUCUGGUCUUGCUGCUCAGUACGAUGGCAAUACCUAUCUGAUGCCAACAAACAAUCAUAUAAUUAAUACAGACACUGUAAAAGAACUCUCCUUAAACGUUGACCAAUACAUUGGGAAUAUGGUUAAUAAAAGUCCUCGAGCAAUAAUAAUUAUACUUGAUUGCUAUCGUCCUCCUCAAUCAAUAGUAACCAUGACACCUUUCUUUGACAGAGAACCACUUGGAUUAACGCAAGGUCUUGCCCCAAUACGUCCACCACCAUCAACAGUCAUCGCCUAUUCAUGCAGUCUAGGAUCAACCUUUAAUGCAUUAGCAAGCAACGGUCGAAACAGUCUGUAUACUUUUUAUUUACUUCACUAUUUAAGGAUGCCCAAUGUUGAUAUUGACACUAUUUUAAAAUACGUUGCGUUAAAUGUUCAAAGAGACACUUCCAACAAACAAAUACCUGAACGAUACAGCAAUGUUCAGGAAUAUCUUUGUCUUGCUAGUAAUCCAUAUGUGAAGAGUGCAGGAUGGUUUGAUGGUGCACGGCCAGAUUUCGCUUUGCAGUCAAUGAACUUCUACACUUCUCAACAUUUACAUCUUAUGAGCAGAAUUCUAUUUCAAUGGCCUUAUUUCUACCAAAGAUUUCUCAUGCAACGAUAG